AUGCAUGGGAUCUUGGCCAUUUCCGCCCUGCACAAGUCACGAACCGAGCCGGAGACCAGUCAGAAGUACCUGGUUCGCGGGGUCCGUCACCAAAACAUCGCGCUUUCCUUCUACCGCAAUAUUAUUGAUGAUUUCAGAAAGAAGAUGAUGGAAGAAAACUGUCACGCCGUGAUGGCCUUUGCCAGCCUGACCAUUGCGUUCGCCUUUGCCGACGUCGACACAGUCCUUGCACGCGCGUCUGGCGUAGCAGCACGAUCCACCGUUCCAGAAUGGAUCCAUCUCCUCCGUGGUUGUCGCAAGGUUCUCCAAGUCAUCAAGUCCUGGAUCAUCAAGGGCCCUAUGGCCUUCCACCUCCAACAGGCAGAAAGCGACAUCGAUCUCUCUCGCAACCCUGACGAUGCGAGGCUCGCUGGCCUCGAGGUCCUUUUCGAGGGGCAAGACUCAUCCCGGCAGCUUCCGGAUAGCGAAAGAGACGUCUAUCGCACAACCCUAAGACUUCUGCGCCAAAGUUUUGAGAUAUCUCUAUCACCGGACCAACCUUUGGGGAUCAAGUUCUCCUUGUUCUUGUGGACUGAACGCUUCCCGCAGGAAUAUCUCGAGCUCCUGGACCGGCGGAAACCUGAGGCAGCUAUUCUCCUGGCCCAUUUCUGCAUUCCGCUGGAACGAGGCGCUGCCUCUUGCGACAAUUGGAGGGUUGUGGAUGGCCUGGCCACUUCAGCAGAUCAAACCCGGCUAAUCAGUGGAUUAUGGGAAACAAAUUGA